UCCUUUCUUUUUCAAUCAUCUUCCAAAACCAGCAGCAACCUCCUAAAACCCUAGCAAAACCACUCUCAAAGCACCGAAAUCUGCAGUUUCGAGCUCUCAACAAUGGCGUUUGGGCUUAGAAUCUUCACACAAAGAACCAGCGACACCAUAGCACAACCAAUUCUCGACGCCGACAACGGUGAAGUGCUUAUGCACACUCAGCCUUCCGUCUCUAUUGUCCUCGGAAAUCGCUCCCCCGAAUCACCCGGCACUCUCUACAUUUCCUCCAAGCAAGUGAUAUGGGUGAGCGACGUAGAUAGGAGCAAAGGUUAUGCAGUGGAUUUCGUUUCGAUUUCGCUUCAUGCUGUUUCCAGAGAUCCUGAAGCUUAUCCUUCUCCUUGCAUUUACACCCAGAUUGAAACUGGAGAUGAUGAAGAGGAAGACGAAGACGAGGAUGAAGAGCAACAGGAGAUUAUGGAUUGGUCUUCUGGAAUAUCAAAGAUCAAAGAAAUGAGGCUUGUUCCAUCUGAUCCUAGUCAAUUGGAAACUUUGUUUGAGGUGUUCUGUGAAUGUGCCGAGCUGAAUCCUGAACCCAUGUUAGGUGAACCUGAAGAGGAGCACAAUUGGAUCUUCAGCGCUGACCAAUUGAAUUCUGAGGCUUUAGGAGAAGAUGCUUCUAACUGGACUUUCUCUGAGAAUCUUAUCGAUUCAAUAGGUCAUACAAACGGCGAUAAUGAUUUGGCGCAUAAUGUACUUCAGUUGCAUAUCAAUGAUCAGUGCUUUGAAGAUGCAGAAGAAAUGGAUCAAGAACACGAUAAAAACAAUAGCCACCAGUGAUUUACAGCAAAUGCAAAUGUUUUCUGAAGAUAACUUGAAUUAGAUCUGAUUUUGUGUUUUCUGUACCAACUUUUUUGUGGAAAUUGAGCAUCGAAUUAGUUGAUGGUGGUUGUAUAGUGCUAAAUCUCGUGGUGUAAUUGACUGAUAAUCAUGUUAGUUAGCAAUUUGUGUUUAUAAACUGAGAUUUUGUGCAAAUCCUAGUGUUGUUAACUCGAUAUUUUGAAGGCAUUACUUAUUUACAA